AUGAGGACAUCGUGCUGGGAAUGCCACAGGAAACGGCGCAUUUGCGAUGGAGAACAGCCGUGCUGUGCCAAAUGUCGGCGAAGAGGUAUCAGCUGUCCUGGCUAUGACAAACCUCCUUUGAAAUGGUUAGAGCCAGGUCAAACAAGGUCUAAAGGCCGGACGGCAUACUUGGAGAAGGCGGUUGCGCAGGUGGGAUCCGUGGACUCCCAUUUGCCGAAACAGAUUCGCCCCCAUGACGCCCUCGCUAUAAUGCAGAGUAUACAAUACUACAACGAAGUUAUGAUCCCGGAUGCAGCAGCGUUUCUAUGGAACUCCCCAAGCAAUCCCUACCGGAUAGACCCAAUAUUCAUCCCAUACCUACCGCAGGCCAUGAUGGAAUCAAUGAUAUGUACAGCUCUUGCGCAUCGAAUAAUGCAAACAUCGCAUGAUAUUGGAUCCCAAAAGACUCUAAUACUAGCCAAGAAGCUGCAGCGCCACCGCGGAGAGGCGAUCCGACUGUUAGGUGAAGAUUUAGCGGACCCGAACCUAUGCACUGGUGAUGCCACACUGCUCACAGUUAUAUCACUUUUAUUAUCCGAGAUUCAGCAAUGCACGGUGGCAUCUCCAUGGCGGCAGCACUUUAAUGGUCUUCACGCCAUCUUCCGAGCCAGAGGUGGGCUACGGAAACUCCUAAUCGAAGGCAGCCAUUCUCACAUAUUAAAAUACGUCCUCAUUGUGGACAUAUUUGGCGCUACAACAUCGCCAAAUGUAUCUGCCGAUAUUAUCCAGUCACAGGUUGACGUUGUUGACUUGAUCCCAGCAUAUUUUGGGACGAAUAUUGAAACAUGCAUUCCAUGUCCACCAUCAAUACUUCAGUUACUAAUGCAGAUCAAUCGUCAGCGAUGGGUAAAUGAAUCUUCACCUCCUACUCUCUCAGAAGCGGUCUCAGCUACCAAAGGACUACUACAAAGCAUAUUAUCCAUCAGUGUUCACGAUUGGGCAACAGAAGCCUGUGCUGCCCAACUAAUACUGAUACGUGACGAUGACGAUGAAGGGGAUAAUAAUAGUGUUAAAUACGAUGCGACAGUGGAAAUCGUGCCACAUGAAUCGUGGGUCGACAUUGCGAGCAUAUAUCAAAAGGCCGCGGCUCUAUAUUGCAUCUCAGCUCUUUACCUGCCAUAUACUCAAACUAUGGACUCAACUGGCCAGCAGAUCUUUAUGGAUUUAAUGGCUGUUGCCAAAGGAUUCCAAGGCUCUCUGCUUCAAACCCUUCGUCGUAUCUCGUUGAUACCUACAAAUCACCACCGGAAGAUGGUAAUGUGGCCUCUGAUGGUAGCUGGGCUGACCACUGCAUCGUCAGAUUACGAAAGCACAAAGUUCAUAUUGGGAGAACUCGUUUGGAUUGCUCGAAAUUUAGGCACCGCAUCAGCAAUAGUUGCCCAUACGUAUUUGGGUAAUCUCUGGCGCGACGGAGGGUAUUAUUGGCCAUCGCCGAGCCGCCCUUGGGACAGCUUGUUUGACCAGCCGUACAUAUUUGCUCUCUAG